AUGGGAUGUUACAACGUCAGCAUCGUGGCUGAUAUGAUUCUUUUAGGUUUUCAAAAUAUUGAAAGCUUAACAAACAUUUUCUUCUUUCUUCUGCUCCUGAUCAUCUUCUGUGUGACCAUCUGUGGGAACCUCCUGAUCAUCGAUGUGGUGUCGUUCAGCCGAUCCCUCCACUCCCCCAUGUACUUCUUCCUCACACAACUUUCCUUCUCAGAUAUCCUUCUCUCCACCACUAUAGUACCCAACAUGCUCCGUGUCGUGCUGUAUAAAGGAAUCUCAGUAUCUUUUAUUGGAUGUUUGAUACAAUUCUAUGUUUUUACAGCCUCAGAAUCUAUAGAAUGUCUACUUUUGACCAUAAUGGCCUAUGACCGGUACCAAGCCAUCUGUAACCCUCUACAUUAUACCAGAGUCAUGACUCUCUCAUUUUGCGUAAAGACAGUGCUGUUCUUUUGGUUGUUUAUUGUUGCCAUGAUCUUGAUGCUCUCAAUAACAAUAAGUCGCCUGCGGUUCUGUGGGCCAAACCUCAUUGACCAUUUCUUCUGUGAUUUUGACCCUUUACUUGAACUUUCCUGCUCAGAUACAUUUAUAGUAAAGAUGGAAAGUCAGCUAUUAUCUGUUCCUACAGCUAUUUGCCCAAUCACUGUGAUUAUGGUUUCAUAUGCCUAUAUAAUCCGCACCAUACUGAAAAUCCCAUCUGUGACUGGGAGGCAGAAGACCUUCUCCACCUGCAGCUCUCACCUGGCUGUGGUUUCCUUAUACUAUGGGUCUCUUAUUAGUAUCUAUUUAUUUCCAAAUAUGAACAGUGCAAAAAAAAUUCUCUCCUUGCUAUACACGGUUGUCACUCCCCUUCUGAACCCUGUAAUAUAUAGCUUAAGAAAUAAAGACAUUAAGCAGGCUUUACUAAGAAUUCUGAGCAAUAAGUCCAAAAUAUUUUCAAAAGAACUUUAG